AUGGCAGGAUUUUAUUCGGUAUUCAUCACGGCUCUCCCGGGCUGCCUCCCAGCCAUCGCUAUAGCCAAUCCAGGAAGCAAUCCCACUUCGCCCGAAUGCAUCCAAGCUUGUUCCCUUCUGCGAGACACAUUCCCCCCAAAUACCUACUUUCCCGGUAACCCCAACAUAACAGUCUGGGAUGCAAAACAAGAAACCCUCUCGGCCUGCUGGAUCCGACCCUCCUCACCCGCCAACGUCUCAGCCACCCUAAACACCAUAACCAAUAUCUCCUGCCGAUUCACCUUAAAAGGCGGCGCCCACGCCCGAGACCCAGACGACUCCGUCUCCGCGAGCGGCAACACAAUCGACAUGCAAAAGAUGAAAGCCAUCGAGCCUUCGCCCGAUCGAAAGACAGUCAAACUUGGAGCUGGUCACGCCCUCCUGAGCAUCUACCACGGCCUGGAAAAGUACAAUCUUACCACGCUCGGGGGCCGAGUCGCGGAUGUAGGGCUGGCCGGGUUCGUUCUCAGCCGGGGGGUUUCGCAUCUCUCGCCUCGGUAUGAACUUGCUGUGGACAAUGUUUUGGAGUAUGAGCUCGUUUUGCCGAAUAGUACUGUUGCGAUUGUGAAUCAGGCGACGCAGCCGGAUUUGUACUUUGCGCUGAGGGGUGGGAUGAAUAAUUUUGGAUUGACAUACACUGCUGAUAAAAGGGAUGUCAUCGUGAAAGGAGCUUUCUGGCUGACGACGGAUUGGAAGAAUGAUACGGCUAUGGCGUUUUAUUAUAGCUUUGGGUACGACCAACGGAUAGAUGAUUUCUCUCUUGCGGUUUCACAGGAAUAUUCCCUCCCGGUAUUGACUCCGGCGCCGUUUAAGGAUCUAAAUCAGAUCCCGUAUGAGUCGAGUACUGUUCGCAUCGACUGGAAUAGUCGGCUCAGUGUUGAGGGUGCUACGGCAACGCCGCCUGGUGGUCGGAAUCUGUUCGCUACUAUUACCUACUAUCCGUCCGAUGAUCUCGAAAGACAACUUCAGGGUAUCAUGGCGGAAGAAAUACAGUCGAUCAAGAAGAGUCCUGGGUUCUAUCCGAAUCUGGUUAUCCAACCUCUGUAUGAGGCUGCUAUUCGCGCUCAGAAAGACAGAGGAGGCAGUGCUACCGUUGUGCUGUUAACUGCAUUAUGGGAAAACGCCCAGGAUGAUGCUCAGAUGAAUGCUUUCGCGCGGAAAUGGGUGGAAAGAUCUACUGCUGCCACCAAAAAUGCCGGAAAACAUCGUCCUUGGCUCUAUAUCAAUUAUGCAAGUCCGGGCCAGGACCCCUUUCUCGGCUAUGGAAAGGCAAAUCUGCAGAGGCUGAGAGAUAUUCACAGGGAGGGGUAUUUCAAGUUACAAUAA